AUGGGUGGCGAGAGAGCUGAUAUGGCGGAGCCGGGGGAAGGCGGUGAGGAGGGAGAGGGUGGUCAGAUCGUGGGGGUCGCCCCAGUACCUCCCUUCCAGCAGAACGGGUGCCUCCCAGGCGGAGAGGCCGAGCGCAGCAGCAGCUGCACACCUUUGGUAGCAGAGAGCGAUGUGGAGGUUGGAAGAGGCGCUGCUUCUCAGGAGCAUCCUGAGGCAGAGGCCAUGCUGUCCUCUUCGGAGUCGGGAGUGAAGCUGACCCCUCGGCUUUCCAAACGCAGGCUGCUGGUGCUGACCGUCUUCAGUUUGUACUCGCUGGUGAACGCCUUCCAGUGGAUCCAAUACAGCAUAUUGACCAGUAUCUUUACAAAGUACUACAGCGUCUCCAAUUAUGAAAUUAACUGGCUCUCCAUGGCAUAUAUGGUGGCAUACAUUCCCCUCAUCUUUCCUGCCACUUGGCUGCUGGACGUUCGUGGCCUCCGCCUCACUGCCUUGCUGGGAUCUGGACUCAACUGCUUGGGUGCUUGGAUUAAGUGUGGCAGCGUUCAACAAAACCUGUAUCCUGUUACGUUGUUGGCUCAAAUUGUGUGUUCCGUAGCCCAGGUCUUUAUUUUGGGACUGCCCUCCCGCAUUGCCUCUGUCUGGUUUGGGCCUAAGGAAGUGUCCACUGCUUGUGCUAUAGCUGUUCUGGGCAACCAGCUAGGCACAGCAGUUGGCUUCUUAUUGCCACCAGUUUUAGUCCCAAACACAGAUAAUGACAUGGAUCUCAUGGGACAUAACAUUAGCAUAAUGUUCUAUGGCACAGCAGCAGUAUCCACACUCCUGUUUAUACUAACAAUACUUGUGUUUAAAGAAAAACCCAAAUAUCCUCCAAGUCAGUCUCAGGCUGUUCUCCUAGAUGUAUCUCCAAAUGAUUACUCCUAUAAGCAGUCAAUAAUCAACUUGUUUAGAAAUCUUCCUUUUGUUCUUUUGCUGAUAAGUUAUGGAAUUAUGACUGGGGCCUUUUAUUCAGUUUCCACUCUACUAAACCAAAUGGUGGUAACUCAUUAUGAGGGACAAGAAGUGAACGCAGGGAGGAUUGGCCUGACACUUGUUGUAGCUGGAAUGGUGGGCUCAAUUAUUUGUGGCUUGUGGCUGGAUUACACCAAAACAUACAAGCAGACUACAUUAAUUGUGUACAUCCUCUCAUUUGUUGGGAUGGUUGUAUUUACAUUCACCUUGGACUGUGGAUACAUUAUAGUUGUAUUUGUCACUGGUGGUGUGCUUGGUUUCUUCAUGACUGGUUACCUCCCGCUUGGUUUUGAAUUUGCUGUGGAAAUUACAUACCCAGAGUCAGAAGGCACCUCAUCAGGGCUUCUGAAUGCUUCAGCGCAGAUAUUUGGGAUUAUCUUUACACUGAUUCAAGGAAAGCUUACAACAGAUUACAAUCCCCGUGCUGGAAACAUUUUCCUCUUUGUGUGGAUGUUUAUUGGCAUCAUUUUAACAGCUUUAAUCAAAUCAGAUUUACGAAGGCACAAUGUGAAUACAGGAAUUAUAAGGGCCGACGUUAAAUCUAUGUCAGUUGACACUCCUACAGAAGAUGAACAGAAUAAACCUGCGACAAAAAGCCAGUCUGAAUCAAACAUUUAAAAUGGAGAGAAACACUAGCGGCUUGCAAAUGUCAAGUUAUACCAAGCAGAAGCAACUUGAUGAGUACUCACAAGAACUGUAUGCCAUGUGCUACCAGUGAUAAUCAUGCAGUAAUGCUUAUGUAUGAACUAAAGAUGCACAUACACUUUGCUGAGAACACAUUUUACCUUUAUGGUAACUACUUACCAUGACAAUUUGCAACUUAAAAAAAGGUUGAAACUGAUGAAAGAUUCCCAAGAAUCAGCCAUUCCUUUUUGGAAACUUUCAGAACAUACAGUAAAGCAGCUUGAGUGCUGUGGCAGGUGACAAAUUGGUUCUAAUUAAAAUCAGCACAAGCAAGUAAUCCACACAUUUAACCCUCAUAUGAAAUGUGUGCACUGAACAGAUUGAUAUAAAUUGAAGGGGUGGUUUUUUUAACUUGGUUUUUUUAUUGUAAAUAGGUUUGAAUUUUUUAAUUGCUCUUUCUAUAAAGAGGCAUUGCCUUUUAGCACAAGACACAGUAUAAGAAAUUCAGAUUUUGAAUAUGUUGUACUGUAAAUUCUAUUUGCCAUUUCUGUUGGCUUAGGAAGGAUUAUGGUUUAUGAAACCUCUGGUGUCCAAAUACAGAUGAAGAAGCUGCAUAAACUCGUAUUUCCUGAAAAUAUUUUGUGCUCUAAUAUUUUGAAGGUAAAAGCCUUCUAGAUUUCUGAGCUACCAAGCUCCUAGAUCCUCAUAUAUCCUGAGUUUUUCCUUUGCAUUUUGAAAAUGCAGAGAGGCCUGUUUUAAUAGCGUGCGAAUGGCAAAGCAUUGCCAGAUCUUACACAAGCACAUGCAGCUUUUUCCCACUUGUCCGAAUGUAGGAAGGGGCCUUGAGAAAAUAAAAAUAGUACAAGAUCAAACAGUGGACUGUGUCUACUGUUUCACCUGGUCAGGGACGUGUGCAGGUUUACAAAAAUACUGUGCCUUUUCCUACUGAAUCAUGUAACAAAAGAACCUGGGCUCAGUAUAAGCUAAGGCUUUGUGUCCCCUCAUGUUGUUAAGUGCAUGUAUUCAGUCCUUGCUGUUUGCUAAUUUGGUAGAAAUAUUUUUAUUCUUUUGUUUCUGUUGAGAAAUACUAACAGUAUGUCUUUUAGAUAUUCUUUCAUCAUCUCACUUGAAUACAACUUGCCUGGGAACAAAUCAUAAUUAUACUUUAGAUCCUUUAGCUUUAAAGGAAGGAUGAAAUUAAAAAGCUGCUACUUUGCUGAGCCCACUCAUACUGCUACUUCUGAUUCUCACAUACCUAAGGACAGUUUGAGUAACAUUCUACUUCUCAUCUUGACAUGGAGGAUAAAAUUCUUGUCUUGUGAAGGCUUCUGAUGUGACAAUAUUAUGUACGUUACAUUUUAUUCUACACCACUUGUGUCCAUUAAUUUAAAGGUUAAAAGCAUGAUCCAGCUAAAGUAGAGUCCUAACUCCACUGAUUUCAAUUUGAGAAAAUAUGUCCUAUUGAAAGCAGUAGGAUAUGAAACUGUUUAACUCCAGCUGGAUCAUGCCCCCAUAUUUCUGAGAGAGUUUAGGCAUGCUUUUUAAAAGGGGGAGGAACACUGAACUACAUCCCUUUUGUGUAAACAGUCCUGUGUUUGUGCUUGUAUUCUCAAGUCCCUCUUAUCCUUUUCAGUGGGACAGAUGGGAUAGCUGUCCAACUUGCACUGCAGUCUGUUGCUAAGCAUAGCUGCCUCCUUCCUCCAUAAAGUCAGUGAGAGAGAGAUAUACUAACUUUGCCUUGUCCUGUAAAAAUUGCUGUCAACAUCAAGGUUGACCUCGUUUUAGUAGCAAUCAUUGGAAUAACUACAGUGUAUGAAUCUAUAUAAAUAAUUUACUUCAGUAGUUCCAUAGCUUUCCCUAUAGCAUUUUCAGUAGACCAUUGGUAGCUGCAUUUUGGUAUAAGAAAACCAGUUUGGGCAUGAUAUUAGAUCCCUAGGGAUGUAGAAAGGUGUUCUGCUUUGCAGCUUCCCCCAAUCUGGUGCCUUCCAGAUGCUUUGGACUUCACCUCCCAUCAGCUUGGCCAAUGGUCAGGAAUACUGUCCAAAACAUCUGGAGGGCACCAAGAGGCUGUGCUAGAGGGAUUGCUUCAUCCUCAGAGUACUUCAGGGCUAUUUCCAGGUCGGAACUGUAUAAUGCUGACAAUGUGGGCUCUGUCAUCCAUGUUUAUUAAGCCUUAUUCCCUGGAUAUGAAAAAAACUUGUUCUGAUGCCACAUUUGGAAGGGCUGUUCUUCAAGUCUUUCAGUGAUGAUUCAGUAUGCUGAAUGUUUCAGGUAUGCUAGCUUACCAGUCACUUAAUUGUUGGAUUGCACAAAGCAAUUACUUAUCUGUAACUAAUGUUCUUCAAGUGGUCAACUGUACAGUCAUACAUCCCCCAUUACUGCUGGUAUCUUGUGUGCAUUUCUGGGGACCUUCAUGAUUGGGCAGGAGGAAGUAAGUAUGAAGGUAUUUCUCUCUGCCUUCUGGAAGAGGAUCAGGAUGGCUUUUUAAAAAUCUGGCUUUUAAAAUUGUUACGGGUUUUUAAAGUUGCUUUUAAUGUUUUGUUAUAUUGUAUUUCUUUAUUCUUGUCUUUUGAAUCCUUGUCAACUGCCUUGGUUGGUUACAGAAUGGUGUUAUAUAAAUUCAAUAAAUAAAAUAAUACAUAUAUCUGCCCUACCACCAUCCUGAGCAUGUGCAGGAAAGACAAAUCUGUCUACCGAAGAGUAGGGGCAGAUGCUCUAGCUUUUUGACUAGAGCUCUAGAAGGUUGUAUCAGUGCUCUGUGCAGGUGUUGAACCAAAUUAUGGUACUACAGAGAUUAUUAACUGCAGGACGUACAUGUAGGCAUCUUUUCUCCAUAAUUAU